GCUAAGUUUGGAAAUUUGAGCAGUCGCAUUUACUUUGGCUGGGAACUCGAAUAUAUAUACAUGUAUUGUUAUUUUCUUUAGCGGGAGAUAAUGCAGAUGCUUGUAUUUUAAAGUGUCAGGAGCAUUGCGAGUUGUUUGUAAAAGAGGUUGGUCAGAAGAAAAAAGCAUUUUCCGARUCGUUAGCACAUUUUAUUUAGUAGCUCGAGCAGCGCAGACUAGAGCAAUGUUGUAGUUUGGUUACAAACUAGUAUUAAUUUUCUAACAUAUUUAUAAUUCCCCGUGUUUAUGAACCAACAAGUCAAGUUAAAACCUAUUUCAAAGACUUUUAUUUGUUAAGAAGAGCGUGCGUGGCGCAGAGUGUGUUUACUGUGAUAAUGUGACUGCGCGGUGUGAGGAGAAAAUAAAGCCAGGAUGGACAGGGACUUGUUGAGGCAGAGUCUGAUCUUUCACGGACAGUCGCUGUUUAACAAACUGAAAUGUGAACAAACCGAGAACCCGGACUUCCAAGCAGUGGUGUCCGACCUGUCCAAAGCCACGUAUGAAAGCCGAGGUGAGGAGCAAGACGGCUCGCUGGUUGAACAGUUCAUCGCCAGGAAGGCGGACAUUUUAUUUUGUCCAUCAUGGAAGACCGCCAAUCCUCACGAGCAGGAGCACGAGGACGAGGAGGCUGGAGAGCCGUAUGCCAUCAUGCCCCCUGUGGAGGUCUUCAUGGAGCUGCCGUACGAGGAGAGAAGAGCCAUGAUUUACAGGGAUCUGGAGAAAGGAGACAUCGUGGUGGGAAGGAUCAAUAACAUCCGAGAAUACGGCUUUUUUCUCACCCUGCUUUGCAUGGCAGGAGGCCUGAAGCGAGACAUAGAGGACCUAGAGUUGUCUGCUCUUUGUCACAUCAGAGAAAUUCCUUCUUCCAGCAGCCAUGAUGAUCCCUUGUCUUACUAUCAGGUCGGGGACCUGAUCAGAGGGGGAGUGAAAGACAUCGACCGGUACCAGGAAAAGAUCACAGUGUCCCUCCAUCAGGCCUGUCUUUCUUCCAGCUUGGAGCACAUCAAACUGGGUGUCAUUACUCGUGAAGAGCUGCCAAUACACUACAGUCGCAGCGUUAGCGCAGCUUCUGACUCCAGUGAGACGUACGGGUGUAUACUGACGAGGUGCCACGGCUAUGAAAACCCCUCGGUGGUAGAAUACCUUCUGGAGAAGGUGGGAAUCAGCGACACACAUCCGCCUUCCAUGAUGCGAGGACUGCAAUGUAAACUCUUUCAAGAAGGGGAUUUUGCUUCUGUAAUCAGGAAGAAACAGUCUGCAUCUUGGGCUUUAAAGUGUGUCCGUGCAGGUGUCGAUCACUUCAAACAUGGCCGACAUGUGGAGGCCAUGAAUGAAUACAACAAAGCCUUGGACAUUGACCUUAAUAACGUGGAGGCACUGGUGGCGCGAGGAGCUCUGUACGCCAACAAAGGCAGCAUCAUGAAGGCUAUAUCAGACUUUGAACUGGCUCUGGAAAAUUGUCCAGAUCACCGAAAUGCCAAGAAGUACCUCUGCCAGACUCUUGUGGAACAAGGAAAACAGCUGGAAGAACAAGAAAAACUGGUCACAGCGGAGGGAUUGUACCGCAGAGCUCUUUCUCUUGAUGACUCAAACCCUGAGGCAAAAGAGGCCAUGCACAACAUCACCGAAACAAUACAGCAUUUCCUUGUCAGAGCUUUAAAACCUCUCAACAAUAACCUGACUCCAGACUCCUUCAGGAACACCUGUCGUCCCAGCAUCCUUUGCGUGUCCAAUAUGGAAGAACUGGCGGUGGAGGUCCGUGGCUCCAACGGCGCUUAUUACAAGGGCUUUGUCAAAGACAUCCACGAUGACUCUCUCACCAUUGCCUUUGAGAACAAUUGGCAGCCAGAACGCCAGGUGCCCUUCAGUGAUGUCAGGUUGCCACCGCCUGCUGAUGCUAAAAAGGACAUUGGAGAGGGCGAGGAGGUGGAGAUUUUCUCCAGAGCCAAUGAACAGGAGCCUUGUGGWUGGUGGUUAGCUAAAGUCCGCAUGAUGAAGGGGGAUUUCUAUGUGAUUGAGUAUGCAGCCUGUGAUGCCACCUACAAUGAAAUAGUAACCUUUGAGCGCCUGCGACCGGUCAACACCAACAAGGCUGUUACCAAGAACAGCUUUCACAAGUGCACUGUCCCUGUUCCUCAGGACCUACAGGAAGCGUGUCAGAAUGAGAACGCACAUAAAGAGUUCAAGAAGGCCGUGGGAGCCUGUCGCAUCUCGUACUGCCCAGAGACCAGYGAGCUCCUGAUUGUGUCCACCAAUGACACAACAGUGAAGCGUGUGUCUUUGCUGAGUGACAUGCACCUGCGCAGCCUCAGAACUAAGCUGCUGUUAAUGUCACGCAACCAGGAGGCCACAAAACACCUGGAGACGUCCAGGCAGCUGGUCUCRUCUUUCCAACAAGAGUUUACAGUCAGAACAGAUCUGAUGGGCCUGGCCAUUGGCAGCCAUGGCAGCAACAUCCAACAGGCACGCAGGGUUGCCGGUGUCACCGCCAUCGAGUUGGAUGAGGAGACGGGAACUUUCAGGAUUUAUGGCGAGACCGAAGAGGCAGUAAAGAAGGCCAGGAACUACUUGGAAUUCGUGGAAGAUUCUGUCCAGGUGCCACGGAACCUCGUUGGCAAAGUCAUUGGUAAGAAUGGUAAGGUCAUUCAGGAAAUUGUAGACAAGUCUGGUGUGGUGAGAGUCAAAAUAGAAGGAGACAACGACAACAAACAAGCCAGACAAGAGACGCAGGGAAUGGUCCCGUUCACCUUUGUUGGUACGAAGGAGAGCAUUGGCAACGUUCAGGUCUUGUUGGAGUACCACAUUUCUUACCUGAAUGACAUGGCGGAGCUUCUUGCAGAGAGCCAGCAGCUAGAGGAAGAUCUGAAGAAAGUUGUGGAUUAUACACAGGGAGGCAGCCUAGCAAGAUUCAGAAUAAGCUGCACAAGGCGCACUGGAUGUGAUGUAGAUGAGGUUGAGGAGCUUCGUCUGGAGCGGAUGCAGAUCGACGAGCAGCUGCGACAGGUCACCCAGGGUCACCGAGCGGUCGACAGGGAGCGAGGAGAUCGAGGCGAUAGGGGGGAGAGAGGAGCAUACAAUACAGACAGCGGUGCCAACGCCUCAUCCUCCAUCAGCGGGAGUCGCUCCUACAACGGCCGAGGUCGUGGGCGCCGAGGCUACAACUACAAUACUGGAUAUGGCACCAACUCGGAGCAGUCCAAUGCUUCUGAAACUGAUUCAGAGCGUAAGGAGGAGCUCAGCGAUUGGUCCUUGGCUGGAGAGGACCAGGAUGGGGAAAGAGAGCGAGGCUCUAGACCACAAAGAGAUGGCCGUAGAAGACCAGGACCUGGCAGAGGCCGAGGAGGGCCUGGAGGAAGAGGUAGAGGAGGAAGAGGAGGAUACAGCAACAGCUACGCCCCUCGGGAUCAGGAGAACUACCACCCGUACGGAACGAUGGAGGCGAACACAGAGACCGACCAGACGGCCGAUACAGACGCCAGCGAGUCCAACUUGCCAGCAAACCGCCGCAGGAGGUCGCGGAGACGCAGAACCGACGAGGACGCCACGCUGAUCGAUGGCAUGAGCGAGUCCGACAACGCCUCAGUGAGCGAAAACGGGACAGAGCGCUCUGAAGCAAAACCUCAGCGUCGCAAUCGUAGCCGACGUCGCCGUAACCGCCUGCCAGAGGAGAGGCAGCCAGUAACUGUGGCGGACUACAUAUCCAGAGCUGAGUCUCAGAGCAGACAGAUGAUGGCCAAGGACACCAAGAAGAACAAAGAUGUGGGUCAGGUGGAGGUGAUUGAUGAACACAGUCCACAGUCGGUUCCACCAACAACCAAUGGUUCUAAUAAUGGGGUUUCUGAUACCUCCAGCAGCAGUGCCACAAAAGCUCCCAGAUCCUCCGCCGACAAGCCGGCCGAAGUCUCGAGCCCACAGCCUGUCCUCAACGGACUGUCCUAAACACACCAGGGCAAAGAAACUGGUUUCAAAUAUUUGGAUUUCUUCCGUGACAUUUGUUUGAAUCUCCACGUCUGUGGAGAAAACAUCAAGUUUAUCUUAACAUUUAAACACAAGCACUGUUCUUUUGUUUUCUAUGUAACAAAUAUUUGAAACCUGCUCUGCAGCACAACUUUUACAGUUCUGAAACUUUUAUCUCAGAUUUACAUAUUAAUCUGUUCAACUACUCAUUUUACUAUCUUUUUUUUUCUUUUCCUCACUUAGUUCUUCCGGUAUGAGCUUGCCAAAGAUAGUCAAACAUAUACACACACGUACACAAACUGUACUUUCUAGUCUACUCUUCGGUGAGAGCUCAAGGAGAGUUUGGGCUGAGUUACAGUAUUUAUGAAAUGCAGACAAACACACUGUGGUAAUACUGCAGCAGUUCUUUUUACAUGGUUCAGAAUAUCAAAGCAGAUUUUCAGAAUGAUGUCUGCCUUAAAUCAGGUAGACUCAGCAAAAAAAAUAAAUAAAUAAAAAAGGCUUCCAGAUCUUUUUUUUUAUUAUUAUUAUUUUUAAGGCGUUUCAUGCAUCUGAGGUUGUUGAAGUAACCGUUCUGCGUGAACUGUACCACAGUGCAGAUGGGUUUGUUGGAAACAUACAUUGUGCCUUGAGAGUAGAUUGAACAUGUUGCUGCCUGGCUCUGCACUCCCAUCUGAAAUCCUUUUAACGUUUGUUUUCAGAGCCGUCUUCUAAAAUAAUCAGGUGUGUCUGCUCUUAAUGUUGGGGGGGAUUUAUAUAAAUAUAUGAAUAUAAAACUGUUAAGGAGUUCGACAUUAGCUGCUUCCUGUUCUUCAAUAUGCAACCACUUCGGUCAUAGAGAUGUUAUUACAGUGUGUCGAAGAAAGAAGAGUUGUUUUGUUUGCACUGAAGUGUAACUUUUUUUUUCUGUUUUAAAGCUGAUUGUAGUUGAGUCUGAAAACUGGCCUGUUAGGGUUUAGUGCUGGACAGAUGUGUAGCCGUCAGUGCUGGGUUUUAUUGAAACAUCUCAUUACUGAACGCUGGGAAACAUUGAGCAGAUUUUAUUCUUUUUGAUAUUCAUUUAAAUAAUUUGGGACAUCUUUCUGAUUACUACCCAGUUUCUAAAUGUCCCCCCCAAGUGCAAAAAUCCUGUAGAGAACUGGACUAASCCUGGUGUUGAGGUGUUUCUGAACAGCAGGCCCAGGAAACGAUGUCAUUUUCAUGGUUCUUCCACACUGGCUAGCUGGAAACUGGUCACGACUGUUCUUUUAAAGGAAGAUUUAUUUGGAUUAUUUAUUUUUAAAAGUGUACAGUAUUUAAAAAACACUCUUCUUGACACUAAAACAAGAUAUCCAGGAGUUUUAAGACAAAUUAGGAAUUGGGACUACUGACAGUUGUGACAUCCCAAGUGUUUUUGUUGGGUCAACUACAGUAUAUUGUACUUUUUUUUUUUUUUAAGGAUUGUCUGGUUGGUUGAUGUGCAAUAUGUUUUGUAUGCAGGUAGUUCUUAAAUAAACUUGAUCUUCUAUGUAGAUCUAUAA